GCAAUGCGCCAUCCACCUGGUUUUUGGUAUAACCUAUUGAAUAGAAGCCGUUUAUCCGCUUGCACCUGCCGCGCUAAUCGUGCACAUCUCGUCCCCCUCCAAACUCUCAGAUCUUCAUGGGCGACUGUACAGCAGUUGAUGCACACUUGAGUCCCUUGCAUUGCAUACCCCACGCUCAGGAACGCAGAUGCACAUUUGUCGCACAACAUGGCAAGCGACAUAACAGAACCGCCGCCCGUGGCGCCCCAGAAAGUCUCUCGUUACCGCAGCGUGAGACGCGCGCAGGAGCAGGCACAGCAAUCGCAGCAUUCCGCACCCCCGAUGCCGCCAAUGCCACCGAUGCCCGCCAUGCUUGAGUCGCAUACUUCUGGAGGCGCCCAGCGCGAGACACCCAAUAGCAACAUGGGCAGAAGCAUGAGCCGUUACCACCGCCGUCCUCCCACCGCGCACGCGACCAGCCCGAUUGCACCGCCUCUACGCUCCAGCAUCACCCCGCAAGCCCUUCCGCUAUCCCAGACUACGCUACAGCCCUCCACAUCUGCCCGUCAUCGCGUCGUGAGCACACCAAACCCAUCGUCGCUGACAGCGAACAACGUCCAGUCCCGGACCGCCAAACACCGCUCAGAAGCUGUACCGCCCCACCCCAGAGAUGCACGACCGCCACCACAACAGCAGCAUGAGGAUCCAAGGAUGCUCCUGCAGAAGGAAAGAGAGCGCCAGCGACUACUGAAGGAGAAGAUGGAGGCUGAGGCCCACGCAGCGAAGGAGGCCAAGAUAGCUGAGAUGGAACGCCUGGGGAAGCUGCGUCUCGAGCAAGAGGAGGCUGCACAUCUGGAAGCUGAGCGCGUAGCUGAAGCCGCCGCCGCGCUGCGACUACAACGAGAGGAGGAGAAAGCGGAGAGAGGGCGUGGGAAGAAGCUUCGCAAGGCAGAGGAGCAGCAGAUGAUCGAGCACAAGAAGGAAGAAGAGCGUCGUGCAAAGCUUGAAAAGGAGAACAGGGUGCGGCUGGCUGAGAAAUCACGCACAUUUCUCUCACAGUCGUCAGGAUCCCCUCCUACUUCACCGCCACGCCAUGAGGGCUUUGGCCUGUUCAAACGGCGGAAGGACGAGGGCCUGUCAAUGUCGAGUGACGAGAGGCCGAAUUCAGCCACAAGGCCUCCGACUGCUAAACACAACAGCUCAACCGACCAAAGGCCUCGGACAUCUAGGCAACCAAGUGGCACCAAGGAGCCGGAUGCCAUAUUGACCGGCGGCGGUGGCGCUGUGCUGGGUAUCGAUGCCCCAACUUCGGCGGUCAACGGCGGCGAAAGGCGUGUCACAGUCGUGUUCAACAAGAGGCGCAUCCAGCUCCCGGUCACGCCAACCACCACUCCGCUUGAUCUCUUCAAGUCAGCUGAUGUCAUUCUCCCAGACGCAAUCCCCGUCCGAACGGCUGUGGCUAUUGAGUGGUUCAAGAAAGUCGACAUUAAGCGACCACUUCGCAACUACGAGUACGUGCGAGAUGUCAUGAACUCCUGGGACUACGAUGAUCAGAAUGAACUCAUCAUCACCGACUCGGCAAUCGAUGGCAUCGAUCAGGAGGAACUGCUCUCUUAUGGUGUGCCAGAGAAGAGACCUGAAGGCAUGGCUUGCAUGCUGAACCACUCUUCGAAACCCGGGAAAUGGACAAAGCGGUUCUUCCUCCUGCGUCCAGACGGCCAGCUUGUUACAGCCAAGAGCGAGAAGGCGAAAAUGUCGGACCAGGAGAACGUGUGCCAUCUUACCGACUACGACAUCUACCAAGUCCCACAAUCGAAGAUUGGGAGAGUCAAGCCACCGAAGAAAAUUGUGUUCGCCGUCAAGAGUCUGCAGAAGUCAAACAUCUUCGCAGAUGAAUCGCAAUAUGUUCACUUCUUCUGUACGAACGACAGGGCCAUUGCGAACGCAUUCUGGAAGGCUCUGCAGGCCUGGCGCAGCUGGCAUCUGAAGUACGAGAAGGGCGAAGGUCUCAAGAAGUCACCCGCUACGAAGAAAGUGCUGGACAGCGCUGGUUCUGGCAUCCUACCUGGAGCCCCUUCGCACAACCGUGGCGAGUCUGUGGGAUCACAUUAUCAGUUGGGCGCUUUUACAUCUCUCAUCGACAUGAGCGACUUCAACAAGAAGCUGGACGAGAUCGAGGUCCACAAGCCGGGAGAGUAUCCAGACGACGCGCCGCUUUCGAAGCUAGGUGUGCAUUCCAUACAUGCCAGAAAGAAGUCUGUUCGAACCAAGCAGCCACCGCCUGUCAGCCGUGGUCUUGCUGCAUUUGCAACCAACAGUGUCCCCGAAGACAGCAGUCGCCAGAAUUCCAUCACGCAAAGCUACAAAUCUCAGGAUGAGGAGGCGUUUGCCGCUGGUGGGCUGCUCGGCCGGGCCUACACAACUCGCCAGAAAGCAGCCCAAGACCGCGAGCAGAAGCAGAACGGUGCUUUCACGGAAGGACCUUCGCUCAUCAGCAAUAUGGAACAGAUGAUUCCCAGCUCCGGGCUCAACCGCAGCUCUUCGACGCGGAGCAAUCAUCACCGGAGGACUUCGAGUGACAUCCGGCGCACUGCAUCCAAGCGUGCCCCUGGCAUGCCGCAGCCAUUGGUUGAUUUGACUCCGACAUAUCGUCCUCCACCCCAGUUUGCCAAGCAGGGCAAAGGCUACAAUCCCGGGGCCAAUUCAGGCCCUCUUGUGGAGAGCGCAACUUCGAUGGAAGUUGAGGCUAUUCAGAUUCCCUCGUCUACAGACUGGCGCGCCAAACCUCGCCCAGUUUAUGCUCCCCAGCCAAAUGAGCGUACCAAGUCGCUGAAGGGUCGUGGCCAGCCAUUGGCAGCCCACACCUUCAACAACCACAACGGCGUGCCCCAAGACGACAGUGAAGCCUUCACUGGCGGAUUGCUCUCGCAAGCCGGCUAUGCGCAAGGCAAUGCAAAGGUCGGUCGUGGAGUGAUGGACGGUUCGAAGGCACGUGGUCCCAUGUUGGAUUUCUCAGACGAACGAGAGUUCCAGUCAGGCAGUCUACUCGCGAACAUCGGUGGCGCGAAGGAGCCCAUCAUUGAUCGAUCAGGCAAGUAGCGUUUGGCUGAUCGCUGCGUGGAGGCGAACAGGAGGAGGGCAAGUGAUAGGCAGAGGACGGAACGGUGUCAUUCUUAGCAUUUCAGGAGUUCGAUAUCCCGAGUCAUGGUGUUUGGGGCCUGCGGGAUCAGGGUGUCGUCGUUUGUUGUUGGGUUCGUAUUCGCGUGUGCUGUCUUAGGUGCUCCGGCGCAUUGAUGAAGUUUGGAAGCUGUUGAGGCUCACUGUGCGGGUGGAUUUUCGGCCUGCACUUUUUGUAUGUAUUCACAACCCCGGUUUUCACAGAAUUAAUGCAGACGCCCA